AUGCGACGCGAUCACCCUCCCCCCGGCCGGGCCAGGGCCGCGGUCCUGAGCCUGCUUCUGCUGCUGGCCCUGGUGGCGUCGGUCGUGGCAGCGGUCAAGGCGGCCGCCUGCCCGACCGGGCACUAUGCCAACCAGCAGGGGGACUGCCUGCCCUGCGACCUGUCGUGCAAGGAGUGCGACGAUGGGACAUCCUGCUUCCAGUGCCAGACGGGCCUGGGGUUCCUUUCGUCCGACCCGACGGUGCCCAGCCUGUGUACGGGCCUCUGCCCGAUGGGGCAGUUCCUGAAUCACGAAGGAACGGCUCGGUGCACGCCGUGCGGCCCAUCGUGCCUUGAUUGCCCGUACUCCGACAGCCAAUGCAGUGCAUGCGCGGCGGCCUUCGGCUGGGAGAACGGACUUAGCCCGGGCAGUCCCAGGUCCACGUCGCCAUGCAUCGCCUGCCCGGCGAAUUGCACCACCUGCCACAAGGCGGACGGUUGGAACCGCUGUCACUCCUGCAAGCCGGGCGCCGGGCUGGACGGGGCCGGGAAUUGCAUCAGCACGCCCACGUCCGAUGGCAGGUGGCUGGAUGAAGCCACGGGACGGCUGCUGACUUGCGACCCGACGUGCGCCGCGUGCAGCGGCCCGCGGGCCGAGGACUGUACCCGGUGCCGGGCGAACUGGCGCCUGGAGGCGGUCCCGGCCGGCGGCCGUGGGGCCUGCGUGUCGGACUGCCCGGCCGGCGAGUACCCCUCGGCCGGCAGCCCGACCGGCUGCGCGGCGUGCCAUGCCUCCUGCGCCACCUGCUUCGGGGGGCUGGACAACCAGUGCCUCUCCUGCCGGAGUGGCCGGCCGCUGCAGGGGCAGAAGUGCGUCCUGUCCUGCUCGGACCGGCACUAUGAGGCCCUUGGCCGGUGUGAGCAGUGCCACCCCGCCUGUGACCAGUGCACCGGGCCCAGCAACAUGGACUGCGUGGGGGCCUGCCCGCGUCGGCUGGUGUCGCUCACGGGCCCGGGGCCGGAUGAAGAGGCCUGCCUGACCCGAUGCCCGGAACGCAUGGGCCGCGGCCCGGCCGACAAGUGCGUCGAUUGCGGGGACCACUGUGUCUCGUGCGCGCUCGCCAGCCUGGUCGACCCCGAGCCGAGGAUCGAAUGCAAGAAGUGCGAUGUGGGAUGGCUGCUGGACCAUCGGAGCAGGGGCUGCGUGGCCGAAUGCCCGCCCGGGACCGUGGCCAUCGGGCUGGAGUGUGUGCAAUGCAUGCCGAGCUGCGCCCAGUGCUAUGGGCCCAUGGCGAAGCACUGCAUCACCUGCCAGCCGGACCACCCCUUCCAUGUGAAUGGCUCUUGCCUGGCCUCCUGCCCGGAGCGGAUGUACCCCUCGUCGGAGGGCCAGUGCUCGCCGUGCGACGCCAGCUGCUUGACAUGCUCCGGCCCGGGCAGCAGCCAGUGCACCAGCUGCUGGCAGGACCAAGCCCUGACGGUGGGGGGGAGGUGCGCGACUUACUGCCCGGCGGGGGAGUUCCGAACCGAUGAGCCCCCUUCGCCGGGCUACGUGUGCGGCAGUUGCCCGGACCGGUGCAUCUCCUGUCACGACGCCAAACGGUGCACCCACUGCAACGAGGACACCUUCCUGCAUGAGGGGGCCUGUCAUGGGGCGUGCCCAAGUGGGACGGCCUCGUGCAUGGAGAAUCGCCAGUGCGAGAGGUGCCCGCCAUUGUGCGAUGAGUGCACCGCGACGAUGGUGGACGGGAUGGGCCACUGCCGCGUCGAGUGCCUUGCCUGUGAGGAGGGCCUCUUUUUGGAUCCCGCCACGGGCCGGUGUGAUUACAGCUGUCCGGAUGAGCAGGUCCCCGUGGAUGAGGGUAGCAGUGUGUGCGGGCCCUGUGCGGAGGGCUGUUUGACAUGCUUGGGCACGGUGGAUCGGUGCACAACAUGCCCGGAAUCGGCCACAUGGCUGAGGUACGACACGAGCACCUGCCAGGAGCAAUGCCCGGAGGAGGGCUUUGGCACGCUCUUCCUCAAGCAACACUACGGCAUGGGGUGGGUCAAUGUGUGCAGACCCUGCCCGGCCGGGUGCGACACCUGCAUGGACCCCAAGUCCAAAGAAUCGUGCGAGUUUUUGCGGGACACCGGGCGCCUGCAUUGUCCGUGGGAGAUGCGCUGCCAAGCCUGCGCCGAGCCAUUGCUGUACUUGGCCGAGAGCAACACCUGCACGGACAGCUGCCCGGCCGGGACAUUUGCCGACCCCGAUGCCCGGCAUGCGACUAUUCCCUCGUGCGUCAAGUGCCCGGGUGGCUGUCUCAGCUGCACGGGACCGGACCCGGCCGAGUGCACGCAAAAGGACAAGGAGGAAGAAGGCAAGUCCUCGAAGCGGCGGCUAGCCAUCGGCCUCGGGGUGGGCCUGGGCAUCCUGGCAUUGGUCUUGGUGGCCGGCGCCGUGGCCGCCUUCUUCAUUCUGCGCGGCCGCGGGGCAUCCGCCAACAAGGGUGCGUCCGGCUGGCCGGCUGGCCGGGGGGAGGCGGGGGGGCCGGCGAGGGCUGCGAUGGCCAGGUGA